UCCCGAGAUCGACAGCGGCGCAGCCCGUUCAGGAAUCGGCAUGACUCGUCCACCCAACAAUGAGAACCUUGUGACUUACAAGCUCGUCGUGGUCGGCGACGGCGGUGUCGGCAAGAGCGCCCUGACCAUACAGUUCUUCCAGAAGCUCUUCGUCACAGACUACGACCCCACUAUCGAGGACAGCUACAUACAGCACACCGAGGUCGACAAGCAGUGGUGUGUCCUCGAUGUGCUGGAUACGGCGGGUCAAGAGGAGUUCAGCGCGAUGAGGGAGCAGUACAUGCGCAAGGGUGAUGGCUUCCUUCUCGUGUUUUCGGUCACCGACAAGCAGUCCUACCAAAACAUUGUCAAUUUUCAUACACAAAUCUUGCGGGUCAAGGACAGGGACGUAUACCCGAUGCUGCUCGUCGCCAACAAAGUCGAUCUGAUCCACCUGCGCAAAGUUACCGAGGAGCAGGGCAGAGAAUUAGCUCACAAGCUGGACAUUCCUUACAUCGAAACUUCAGCCAAGGAUCCUCCCUUGAACGUCGAUGCUGCUUUUCACGAGGUCGUACGUAUCAUAAGGAAUCAGCCUCCUACGGAAUUAGAGAAGAAUCGUCGAAAGCGCCGACGUUCGUCAAAGUGUUCCGUCAUGUAAUUAGUACUAGCACCAUUUGUUUAUCUUUUUUUUUUCCUCUAUACGACGUAUCGAAAUUUUUAUAUUUUAUUUAUUAUUUAAUUCUAGUCUCGGACAAGAUUUUCGUAUUUUACGAGUAGAGCUUUUUUAUUGAUGUAGCCAGUGGUUUUGCAUGAAUAAGAGAUUUUUUUUUUUUUUUUUUUUUUUUUCCGUCGACGAUGCUUUUGCUAUUCGAUUACAUACGUAAACAAAGUAAAUGCUCUUCUAACGUUUAUAUUUAUAUCUAGUCAAAAAGUUUUCAAUCACCGAUAGAAAAAAAAAAAAAAAUCUGCCGAUUAAACAGGAAUUGACUACUUUAUCAUUAGUUUUUAGCAAACGAUAAAUCGGUAAAAAACUGUCAUUAAAUGACUAUACUGAUGUUACACAAGAUGUAUCAACAUCGCGCGCUUGCUUGUAAAAAAAUUUUAUAUUUACUGAAGUGAUAAAUUUAUUGUCUUUCGUUACAAUAACAUUACUUUUUAAUCGUACGGCACUUGCCUCUGAAAUUUUACCCAUGAUUUUCGUAAGCACAUGCGUUUAACACGCAAAUCUUCAAGGAAUAAGUUACGAGUUAUUCAUUGUAUUAUAUACUGUAAAUGUGUAUAAAUGUUAUCUUAAAUUUAUACUGAGGGUAGCAAUCAUGUUAACUUGCCUUAAAAAUCAUUGUAAUUUUUAAAUUAUUGUUUUUGAGAAAAAAAAAUCAUUUUAUUCGUUACCAGACAUAUGAGUUUUCAAAUUUGCAAAUAUUAAUUUCAAGAAAUUCUAUAUGCUUUGGGUCUUUUUGAGGUAAGAAAAAUAUUUUUGAAAUUGUAUUACGUAAGAUAAAAUUAUCAUAGCCUACAAUAGAUACUAAAUAAAAAGUUUACAGUCAGACAGUAGCUCAACGUGUACAUAUAUAUUGAAAGAAACAUAAAUGGAAAUUCAAUUGUAAGAAUUGACAUUUUUAUACAAAAAAAGUGAAAAAAAAAAAAAUAUAUAUAUA